AUGAUUCCUGAUUUUCCUUUAGUUUUUCCUUCUGUGCCAGAAUGCUUCGAGAAAUGCAAGACACUAACAGCAUUCACUAAAUGUAUUAAACCAUUACCUCCUGAAAUACAAAGUUUCCUUCAAUUAAAAUUAUGUUCACCAUAUUUUACUAGAUUAAGAAUCAAAGCAGGCGAAAGUCAAGAAAUACCAAUUACAGCACCACUUCAAGAAGUAUUUAGUUGCUUUGAGAUCUGCCAUCCAGAAUAUCAUGCAAAUUUAGCUGCAGGUAUAGCAAUAAUGACUGGUAUACCAAUAGAUUUUAUUAUUGACGAAAUGGGACUAGAAAUUGAUCAGAAAAAACUCAUUAUCAUGCGUGCACUUUGUAAAUCUACAUUAGGAAAGACAAUUGCAGCAGUUUUCACAGAUGAUGAUAGAAUAGAACCAAUAGAUUCACGGGAGUAUAUACCAGCGACAUACAAUUGGACUCUUGAAGGCAAUCCUUUCCAAGAUAUUCCAGAAGAAUCACGUGACUUUAUUAAAGAAUGUACAAAGAAGCAGAUGCCACCAGACUUCAAUCUUAGCUUCAAAUUUACUCAAGAUUUAUCAAACGGAUUUAAUAAACAACAUGGAAUUGUCAGUGUUCCAUGUAUCAACGAAGACGAUGAUAAUUGGCCACGUAAAAUGAAAUGGAUAGCAAAUCUAGAGUUUCCUGAUAUGAUUUCGUCCCAUUACGUUGGUUGUGAUUGCCAUCAACACGAUUGCUUGACUUGUCAUGCAAUUUUCAAUGGCCAACCAAUCAUGAAGUAUACAGAAGCUGGUAGGCUUGAUUUGGAGUCAUUUAGAUCAAAUUACAAACCGAUUAUCAUAGAAUGUAAUUCUUCGUGUUCCUGUGACUCGGAAACGUGCAAAAACCGCGUGGUCGAUCGUAAGGCCAAGAUUCACCUCCUUGUUUGCCGCUGUAUUUCAAAAGGAGGCUGGGGGGUGAGAGCUCUUGAAUUUAUACCGAAAGGAACGUUCAUCUGUGAAUACCUUGGUGACUUAAUCACAGAUCCUGACAAAGCAGAGUCACAAGGCAAGAUUUACGACAAAUCUGGAGAAUCAUAUCUUUUCGACCUUGAUGGAUACGGAAUUAAUGAUAAGGAAAUGCUUACCGUUGAUCCAAAAGUCACAGGAAACGUUUCAAAGUUCAUAAAUCACAAUUGCGAUCCAAAUAUUAUUACAAUUAUCAUAGGAACUGUUAAUUCAGAACAAUAUCAUAGAAUUGGCUUCUUUGCGUUAAGAGAUAUCUAUCCAUUUGAAGAUUUGGGAUUCCAUUACGGAUAUAAGAUGCAUAAAAUUGACCAGAAAGCUUGCAAUUGUGGAUCUUUGACUUGCGGAGGAAGGUUAACAUAA